AGGGGAGGGGGCACCGGGGGGAGGCGUCCCUAUGGCAACCGCGUCUCGCGGGGCGGGGCUAGCCCGGCCCCCCGCCACUGAAGCUCCGCCCACCCUCUCCCCAUUGGCUGCCGUCUACCUUCGCCACGCCCCCUCCAGCGACAGGCCCGCCCCUUGGAGACGACCCCGCCGGCGGGCCGCGUAGGAACCGGAGCCAAUGGGAGUGGCGGUGGGGGGCGAGACCCCGGAGCGGGCGGGCCAAUGGGAGCGGCGGGGGUGUGUCCGAGCCGCGGGCUGACCAAUAGGAGGGCGGGGGGCGUGUCCCGGUAGUGGGAAGCGGGCAGCGCCCGGGACGCGGCGCUCCGGCGGCGCCCCUCGGAGCAUGGCCUCGCGCUGCCGCCCGUGAAGCUCGGCGCAAGGACGACGGACGGCGGCGGGGACACAUGGCUGCGGCUGACAAGGGCAGCAAGGCGAAGGCGGGCGGCGUGCGCUUCGCCCCCAGCCAGCCCGCCGAGGGGGCCCCCGGCCACGUCCACUUCGAGGAGAAGCUCCGCGACUCGGCGGUGAUGGUGACACAGGAGAAGGACGGACACUUCCUCGUCAAGGUGGGCUUCCUGAAGAUCCUGCACAAGUACGAGAUCACCUUCCUGCUGCCCCCGUCGCAGCGGCUGGGGAAGGACGUCUGCGCCCUGCCCCUCCCCAACCCCAACCUCAGGGUCCUCAGCGUCACCUCGGUGCCCGAAGGCUACAGCGUCAAGUGCGAGUACACGGCGCACAAGGAGGGGGUCCUGAAGGAGGAGAUGCUCCUCGCCAGCGAGACCGGGGACGGCGCCUGCCUCAAGGUCGUGGUCCAAGCCCGCGUGAUGGACCGGCACCACGGCACGCCGAUGCUCCUGGACGGGGUGCGCUGCGUCGGAGCGGAGCUGGAGUACGACUCGGAGCAGAGCGACUGGCACGGCUUCGACUAGCCCCCAGCCCCCUCCCCGGGGGGGGGGCACAG